AUGGCCUCAAAACUUGUAACCUACAUCAAUCCCCGUUGCUUCACAGUAACCCUAAAAACCCAGAAUCGAUCACUAUCUUCAAACCCAGGUUCACGGAUUCUCCCACCUAUCAACCAAUCGCAGUAUAGGAAACAGAUUCUGCUCGCGAAUCUUCUUCAGAGGUAUGGCUUCCCUUCCUCAACUCUCCAGCAUUUCCUCUCAAGGAACAAUUUCCUUUUGAAUUCGGAUUUAGCCGAGACCGAAACCUCUCUCGGUAUCUUGUUAUCGUUGAAAAUCCCUCAGAAAUCACUCGUCUCGUUGAUUUGCGAUUGCCCUAAUGUUCUUCGAUCGGAGUUCCUGAGGAAAUGGAGAGCUCCUCUAUCGGAAUGUGUCUCAUCUUCCGCGAUUAAGAGCGUCCUUGAACAUUCUAGUAGAAUUGGGAUUGACCCAGAUAAGUUUUAUGAAUGCACGAAGGUUUUGAAAGGUUUAGGGUUUUGUGAUAGUACUGUUAGUAGGAUUUUGAGUGAAUUUCCUGGAGUUCUUGUUGUGAAUGAGAUUGAAUUUCGCAGGAAGAUUGAGUUUUUGAUUGGAAUCGACAUUCCUCGAGAUAACAUUGAGAGGUUCUUUCACAUUUUUCCUGAAAUUCUAGGGAUUGGUACUGAGACUAGACUUAAGCCGUUGCUCGACGAGUUCAAGAAGAUGGGAUUUAGCAAGGAUGAGAUUAAGAAAGAGAUUGCUAGAGAACCGAGGGUUCUUGGGUUAGAGUUAGGCGAGCUUUCACGGUGUUUGGAGUUGAUCAAGGCAUUGAAAUGCCGCGAAGUGAUCAGAGUUCGUAUUCUCAGCGAGGGAGCGUUUCGUGCUGGAUUUGAAGUGAAACUCAGAGUUGAUUGUUUGUGCAAAUACGGGUUGAUUCGUAGAGACGCGUUCAAGGUUGUGUGGAAAGAGCCGAGGGUGAUCUUAUAUGAGAUAGAUGAAAUAGAGAAGAAGAUUGAGUUUUUGAUUAACCGAAUGGGAUUUCACAUUAAUUGCUUGGCUGAUGUACCAGAGUAUCUAGGGGUGAAUCUCCAGAAGCAGAUUAUCCCACGGUACAAUGUCAUUGAUUACUUGAAACUAAAAGGCGGGCUUGGCUGUGAUAUUGGAUUGAAAGGUUUGAUAAAACCAAGCAUGAAAAGAUUCUAUAAUUUAUACAUUAAGCCAUACCCAGAGUGCGAAAGAAUCUUCGGGAAGAGAAAAGAGAAUGCCCGAGCGAAACAACGGCAUCCCCCUGGGCUUUGGAAGCUUAUGAAGCCACCUAGUCAUGUAACAACAAGAGAAGAUGUGGUGAACAUGAAGUCCUUUAUAGAGUCACUUGCUUAG